AUGGAAGCUGACUUGUUUUUCCUGCAAACAGAAGAAGUUGCUGCUCUCGUCAUCGACAAUGGCUCCGGUAUGUGCAAGGCCGGUUUCGCCGGUGAUGAUGCGCCUAGAGCCGUUUUUCCCUCAAUCGUCGGUCGACCACGUCAUCAUGGUAUCAUGAUUGGUAUGGGCCAGAAGGAUUCAUACGUCGGAGACGAGGCGCAGUCGAAGCGUGGUAUCCUGACGCUGCGAUAUCCCAUUGAGCACGGUGUCGUCACGAACUGGGACGACAUGGAGAAGAUCUGGCACCACACCUUCUACAACGAGCUCCGUGUGGCUCCUGAGGAGCAUCCGGUGCUGUUGACUGAGGCCCCCAUCAACCCCAAGUCCAACAGGGAAAAGAUGACGCAGAUUGUGUUCGAGACCUUUAACGCUCCGGCAUUCUACGUGUCCAUCCAGGCCGUUCUGUCCCUGUACGCCUCCGGUCGCACCACUGGUAUCGUGCUCGACUCCGGCGAUGGUGUCACCCACGUUGUGCCGAUCUACGAGGGGUUCGCCCUUCCCCACGCCAUCUCCCGUGUCGACAUGGCUGGUCGCGACUUGACCGACUACCUGAUGAAGAUUUUGGCCGAGCGCGGUUACACCUUCUCCACUACCGCCGAGCGCGAGAUCGUGCGCGACAUCAAGGAGAAGCUCUGCUACGUUGCUCUCGACUUCGAGCAGGAGAUCCAGACCGCCAGCCAGAGCUCGAGCCUUGAGAAGUCCUACGAGCUUCCCGACGGUCAGGUCAUCACCAUCGGCAACGAGCGCUUCCGAGCUCCGGAGGCCCUCUUCCAGCCGAGCGUCCUGGGUCUCGAGAGCGGUGGUAUUCACGUGACCACCUUCAACUCCAUCACGAAGUGCGACAUCGACGUCCGGAAGGAUCUCUAUGGCAACAUUGUUAUGUCUGGUGGUACUACCAUGUACCCGGGUAUCGCCGACCGCAUGCAGAAGGAAAUCACCGCCCUUGCACCGUCGUCGAUGAAGGUCAAGAUCAUUGCUCCGCCAGAGCGGAAGUACUCCGUCUGGAUCGGUGGUUCCAUCCUCGCUUCGCUCUCCACCUUCCAGCAGAUGUGGAUCUCCAAGCAGGAGUACGACGAGAGCGGUCCCUCCAUUGUCCACCGCAAGUGCUUCUAA